AGCGUCUGUAAUAAACGAAUAUUCUUAGAUUUGUAUUAAACAUUUUCUUGCUUGUUCCUCUCACAACGACGAGGUAGACGUUCGCAGAGAUACGUCAAAAUAUAGAAGUAGACAACAGUUUUGCUUGGUGACUACACGACCAACUGCAAGAAUGAUUCCGCUUCCUCCCGCACGAAACUCGCAGCCUUCCUCAGGCGGGCGCGUUCAGGGGACUUCCAUGAACGCAACGGGAGAACCCAGCGCUAAUCAGGAUAGUAAAAAUGCACAAGAAAAAGUGGCAGUGCCAGGUGGAGCUGCAACUCUUUCGUCACAAGACCUGCAGCCGUCCCCUACCGUGAAUCAUUAUCUUCAG